AUGUACCAAAUUGCAAUAAACUCAACAGAAGGUGGCACAUCACUGAAUAUUGUCAACAAAACAACAGGAGAGUACCUUGCAAUAGGUGGGUUUGAAGGCAUGCAGCGCUACAUGGGAAGAAAAAAGAUCAAACUUGCGAAAUUGCGGGUUAUUUGCAUAUGUAGCAAGUAUGAAAUUGUGCCUGCAAUAUCAGCAGUGCUGACAACAGCAAUGCACGAGGGGAAAAUCCAUACUAGGUACGUGUGUGCAGAAGACACAGAGAAAUUAAUUCAGGAAGUCGGAAUGGGCAUUGGAAAUUUAGAGUUCUUUGAUAAGUACGACAACAGCAGCAAAGACAGGUUCGCAGACCUGCAGAUGGAAGAGCUGCAUAAUGUUGCGUAUGUGACAGUUGCACUUCCAAAUAAAAAAGCAAGCUUUAGUGUUGAAAAGGCGUCAGAGAAAGGAAUAGUUGGUAAGGCUGAUAUUGCCAUGCUAAAUAAAACAGGAAAAAUAGUAAAGGAUGGCAUUGAGUAUUUGGUUGACCAGUUCCGGAACAAAGCAGUCUGCUAUCCUAAAAUAGCUGUUAUAACUAUCUUAUCCGACAAAUACGCUGUGGAUGUAAAGAGAAUCCAAACUCUUAUGGCAGACAGCAGCGGGAUAGAGAUAUUUAUAAGAGCAGCACCAGAGCUCUUUAGCAGUACAAAAGAGGAGCACAAAUUAUUAGCAGAGGUAGAAAGAGAAAUAAAAAAGAAAAUCGCAUCUGAAAUUACAGAUUGGGAAAAAGUAAACAUCAACUUGUAUAUCAUGAUGAGAAGUGAGACUGAGGCAGAGCCUGUAAAGAAGUUCUAUGAUAAAGUGUGCCCCGUGUACACGCCACUUAUCCGCCCACUGAUAUACACACCAAAAAACACAAAGUAUCUGCGCAAUAGCAAAGUGGUGAUUGAUCAAACACUUAUAGAGUAUGCAGGUGGUGAUGAAGUUCAGAUACACAAUGCAUGGAAGCGAGACAAAGACUCUAAAGAAAUAGAAGAUAAGCAGGAUAUAGUGCAGGCAGACUGCCAAACAGAAAUAGAGUCCACAUGCAGUGUGUUCCUAGGCACAGCAGCAGCAGUGCCAGGCGUCAUAAGAAACGUCUCUUCUGUGCUGGUCGCAUCCAUGCAGGAAAGCAUUCUUCUUGACUGCGGCGAAGACACCGGAACACAGCUGAACAAAAUAAGUGCACACUACAGAUAUAACUAUGCAGCCAUAAGCAUGAUUGUUCUGACCCACAGACACGCAGACCACAUUAUGGGAAUGUUCAGCGUCUUGCGCAGAUGUAAUGUGUCUGGAAAUACUGCUGUGCUGGUACUUGGCAACAAGUGUAUAGUCUCUGCUUUAAAGGAGUUUGGGAUCUCAGGAAUUUUUGUUCAAAACAGCGCGGAUCUUGAAGUAAGCAUACACAGAAAAGAAAGCAUUGAGUAUAUAGUGAUGACCAACCAGAAAGAGAGCGUAGUUAUUAGAAUUUCCCAAAAUAUUUAUAGACAUUGCAAAAGCAUCAACCCAUUAAACUACCGUUCACAUAAUGGUGUUAAAAGAUCUGUUUUAUCAGUCUUUGCAUCAAACGAGGCCUCCUUUGUCAAGUUUAUCAACUUGCCUGUUAAGAUUGACCCUAGUCUUGCAUGCGCGCCUAGCGAAAGCAGCAUAUACAAAGUAAGUAUGUGCAGUGCCUUGCAUAUACAUGAAAGCUACAGUGUUUUAGUCAAAGAAACUGCAGGCAGCGCAGAAUACACAGUCGCCUACUCUGGAGACACAAAGCCAAAUGAGAAAUUCUCGGAUCUCUCCCAACACGCGGACUUAAUGAUACACGAAGGAACCUUUGAAGAAAAUGAGCUAGUACAAGCGCGAAUGACACAGCAUUCAACGAUUUCUCAGGCCAUGGCUAUAUUCCAAAGCUCCAGAGCACAGACAUUAUUUAUCACGCACAUCAGCCAAAGAUACAAAACAGUAACUAUUCCAGAUGGCGCAUACUUAGCUAUGGAUUAUUUAGUGCACAUUCCAGGCACCAAUUACAAGCAAAAUGCCUUAUAUCAAGCACUAAAGGAGUGGGCAGAAGACAAAGAAUAG